GGGCAGCCAGCUCUAGCUUCGCAAAUUGCUAACUAGCUGAAUCAUUUGGUGCACGUCUCCUUUUUUCUUGUGAUUGUAACGUCUGGCAGUUCAAUGGCGACAAGGUACGACAGGGCUAUCACUGUCUUUUCUCCCGAUGGCCAUCUCUUCCAAGUCGAGUAUGCACAAGAAGCUGUAAAGAAAGGCUCCACAGCGGUGGGAAUCCGAGGUAAAGACAUCGUUGUCCUUGGGGUUGAGAAGAAAUCGGUGGCAAAGUUGCAGGAGGAAAGGACCGUCCGGAAGAUAUGUGCCCUGGACGAGCACGUCUGCAUGGCGUUUGCAGGUCUGACGGCAGAUGCCCGUAUUGUGAUCAACAGAGCUCGGGUUGAGUGCCAGAGCCACAGGCUAACCGUUGAGGACCCGGUUACAGUGGAAUACAUCACACGCUACAUAGCGACACUGAAACAGCGCUACACCCAAAGCAAUGGGCGCAGGCCAUUUGGCAUCUCUGCGUUAAUUGUUGGCUUUGACGAUGAUGGAACUCCCAGGCUGUACCAGACGGACCCUUCAGGAACCUACCAUGCCUGGAAGGCCAAUGCAAUCGGCCGCAGCGCAAAAACUGUGAGGGAGUUCCUGGAGAAGAAUUACACGGAUGAAGCCAUUGCUGGGGACAAUGAAACGAUCAAGUUGACUAUCAAAGCUUUGCUGGAGGUUGUCCAGUCAGGAGGGAAAAAUAUUGAGCUGGCUAUUAUCAGACGGAAUCAGCCACUGAGGAUUUUGGAAGCCAAGGAAAUUGAGACCCUGGUGGCUGAGAUUGAAAAGGAAAAAGAGGAAGAGGCAGAGAAGAAGAAGGCCAAAAAGUCCACUUGAAGUCGUUGACCAAUAUUUCUUUUUUUUCAUUAUUGCACUUGGAUGACAAAAAGCAUAUUUGGGUUGCAAAUACUAGUAAGUUUCAAAGGUUUUCUUUCUCGCUCAUCUGUUUCAUUGUGAAGACCUAAAUCCUAACUUGAGAUCUGUUGAUGUUGUUCAAAUGUUUCCGAGUGAUACUCGCCUGCAAAGAAGAAUAUAUAUAAAUUCUUAUACUACCAGCUAUCGAGUUGACUGAUGUAUAAAAGCACAGACAUGGAUCUUAAGCUCGGAUUUAGAUCUUGAACCACGCUUACAAGAUGUUUUUAUAUCCUACACCAAACAGCGCUGAUGAACUGAUGUAACAAACCUGUUUGUAACAUUCAGAAACCCAAUGAAACUAAAUGUUCAAUAAAAGCGGACUUGUUUGUAA